AUGGAAGAAGCAAUGAGGAGACUCGGUUGUCUCACCCAAGCACCCGAAUCUGACCCUCUCCUUAACACCUCCGCCAUUUCCAAGAGAUGCACCACCUCAACAGCCAAGAGGUCUCACAAAGACGGUGCUAGUAAUAGUGGCACCAUGAGAUACCGCGGAGUCCGCCGCCGUCCGUGGGGCCGCUAUGCGGCUGAAAUAAGAGACCCUCAGUCCAAAGAAAGGCGUUGGCUUGGUACAUUUGACACGGCAGAGGAAGCUGCUUGUGCUUAUGACUGUGCAGCCCGAGCGAUGCGCGGUGUCAAAGCUAGAACCAACUUUGUCUACCCUACUUCUCCUUCACAUGAUACUCUCAUCCCUCCUUUUCACUACUCAAAAUCAUCAUCCCAACCAGCCUUUCAAUCUUCUCGCUCCAGCCCACAUCUUGCUGAUCACUUCUCUGGAUCAGCAAAUCAAAGAAAUACCACUAGUAAUUCUGUUAACAUGCUGUUCUUUCGUGACCUUUUCAACUCUUCAUCUACAAACUCAUCAAUACUUACUUCUUCAAGCACUUUGCCUUUGUAUGAGCAAGGACCCUUUGCCGACCUCAACUUCUCCAACUCCCUCAUGGGCAAUCAAUCUUGUAAUAACAACCUUACUGCUCCAAAAACCAUUGAUUCCCUUUCUACUACUUUUAGCCUGCAACGAAAGUUUGACGAAUACCAACAAACAGUUUGUUCAGGAGUCCCAACUUCCAGCACAAGUAAUAACCAAGUUGAGUGCAUGGAUUUUUUCCCCUCAGAGCCGUCAGAUUCAGGACUGCUGCAAGAAAUCAUCCAAGGGUUUUUACCGAAAGAGAAAAAGAUAGUAAAGUCUGAACCCGAGUUGGCUUUGGUGGAUUCUUUUGCUGCUUCGUCUUCUUCUGCAGUUACUACUGAUGUUUCCAUGAAUCUUUCAUUGGAAGGUGGCGGGUUGAAGAGGAGGAUAGGAGAUGCUGCUUAUUUGGAUUGCCACGUUCCACUUCCACAGCUGUUGGACAAUUUCAGUGCUGUUGUCCCGCCACAGCCUAUUCCAUUUUACAGUGAGAUUUAUCAUCCGGCUGAGAAUGUUCAAGGGUCACAAGAAUGCAUGUUGGGAUUGGGAGAAGGAUUUCAUCAGUACCCGGACCUCCUUGGUGCCUUUGCUGCUGCCAAGAUGCAGAAUGCUUGAAUUUAACUUCUGAAGUUGGUAACUUAGUAAUAUUUCAUUAGAUUACCCGUUUUCAGAAAGUCGUAAGCAGGAGUUGGAAAGGUCUAAGGAAAUGUUUCCGAAUUAUCAAUUGACUUUCAUUUGGCCCAUUUCUCUAUCCCUUCUGAUCCUGACAUAAACUAUGGACAAUACUAGCUUUGUUGCAAAAAUUCUCAAGCGAAUUCUCCUGCCUUUUUCUUGCUCUACCAGAGGUCUUUUUGUCAGAAUUUGAUUCAUGUCCAUACUUGUCACCUUGAUUCUUCAAGCCAAAAUGAGAAGCUUUUUGUAAUGGCAUUCGAAGUACUACAGAAGUUUGGCAAUGUUAGGACCCUUCGAAGAGUUGACCUUCGAGUUUGGUGCAGUUAU